GAAGCCCCCCGUGUCCCAUAUGUGUAGGCAGGCUGUACAUGACCCCGCACCCAGGAGGUGGGGUUACUGCUGCUUGCCAAAAACCAAAGAAAUACAUUAUUAUUGUGGAGGACAACAUCGCAGGAUCAGCAGCAGCCUUUUUUGCCCGUAUCAUGGACAUCGCGUUUGACAAUCUGGACGCCGGCGAUUUUCUCCAUAUCUGGCAGCACUUUGAUGCUGACGAUAAUGGCUACAUCGAAGGCAAAGAGCUGGAUGACUUUUUCCGCCACAUGAUGGUGAAACUGCGACCGGGCGAGGAGAUAACAGAAGAUAAAGUUCAGCAGUUGAAGAGGAGGUUUAUGUCCGCUUACGAUCUCACGGCUGAUGGGCGACUCCAGAUACACGAGCUGGCCAAUAUGAUCCUACCCGAGGACGAGAACUUCCUCCUGCUCUUCUGGAGGGAGACUCCCUUGGACAACAGUGUGGAGUUCAUGAAGAUCUGGAGAAAAUAUGACAUGGAUAGGAGUGGAUUCAUCUCAGCCGUGGAACUCAAGAGUUUCCUGAAAGACCUGAUCGUCCAGCAUAAGAAGGUUGUUUCCCCCAGCAAGCUGGACAAAUACACAGAAGCCAUGAUGAACAUUUUUGACAGAAAUAAGGAUGGUCAGCUGGAUCUGAAUGACUUGGCCAGAAUCCUGGCUCUUCAGGAGAACUUCCUGCUGCAGUUUAAAAUGGACGCAUCCAGUCAAGAAGAGAGGAAACGAGACUUUGAGAAAAUAUUCGCUCACUACGACGUUAGUAAAACGGGAGCUUUGGAGGGUCCAGAGGUGGAUGGUUUCGUGAAAGAUAUGAUGGAGCUGGUUAAGCCCAGUAUCGGCGCCACGGACUUGGACAAGUUCCGCCAGGUUCUGCUGAGCCACUGUGACAUGAACCGCGACGGAAAGAUCCAGAAGAGCGAGCUGGCUUUAUGCCUGGGCAUAAAGGUCAAGCCUUAAACUGAGCUGCCAUCAUCGCAAGACUAUAGUUUAGCCAGUGGUGUGACUUUUAAUUUGCUUAAGUGUGUGUUUGGGCACCAAGAGCACGACCCAUAGCACUGACACGUGACUCUUAGCCUAUGAAUAUCUGACAGUGUGUGUGUGUGUUGGUACUGCUGUAAAACUCUUAGUUUUCUGUCACCAAAGCAAGUGCUUUCUCAGUUGGAGAAUGGAGACGUGCUGUAGGAAUGGGGCAGAAAUGUGUGCCACAACUUCUGAGAUAGAGGAACCAGAAUGCUAGAUGUGCCAGACCUGUAUCUCUUAAAAUAAAACCUGAAAUAUUCUCAUUGGC